GGACACUCCUCCUUCACUCCCUCAAAGUGAGCUCUCAACUCACUGUGGUGAAGUCUGACUGUCUGUCUCUGUUUUUCUGUUUGUUUGUGUUACACACAGUUGAUAUUCUUGUGUUAAAGUCCUCUGCCAAAGCUAAACACCAGGAAGAGCAGAGACCAGGGAGUUUGUUUGGUUUAGUUUCACAUUUCUGGAGGACAGACGAUGGAAGUGAAAGUGUGGAAGAUACUCAGUCUGCUGCUCAUCACUUGCAGAUCUGCAGCUUCAGGUAAAGUCAUACACACACAGACACAGACACACACACAUGCUACAGGGUUAAGAGGUGGACAAACCUCUGCUUUGUUUAUUUCAAAUCACAGUGUUAUUCAGAUUUUACUGUCCACCUCUAAACCCCUGUAAAUAUAACACCUCCCUCCUCCCCCUCUACUCCCUCUGUUUGCAUUAUCUUUACACAUCUGUCACACAUCCUGCACUUCGCUCCUACCAUCUCCUGCUUUCUCUGCAGCGUGUGAAUCAACUGUCUUUGUUGACCUUUUCUGAUGGAACUUAUGCUAACAGGCAGUUUCUCACAGCAGACACUUUCUCUUUUCACACUCUUUCUCUGCAAUUACAGUCUCUGGAAACAAAGGUUCUCCAUAAACAGACACUUUCUCUGCUUAAAAGAACAUUUUUAACUGACAGAUGCUUUCUUAGCUAACCAAUGAUUUCUCUGUGGAAUAUCACAGGGACUUUUUGCACUUACCAAUGAUUCCUGAACAAACAGAUAUGUUUUGUUUUUGCCAACAGGCACUUUCUCUACUAACCCUGACACUUUACCUGCUAACCAUUACAUUUUCUACUCACAGACAUUUCACCUGUCUACAGAAACCAUGUUUGUAACCAGAUUGGGUGAAAACCCUUUUUUUUGCUUUUUGACAUUUUCUCUGUGCUGUUAUUGUUCUCAAUUACAACCACUUUAAGUGCGUGUAAACACUGUUUUCUCUGCAACCUGAUACUCUCAGCUCUUGCAUAAACUGUCUUUGCUCGCAAGUGGCUAAUAUUUCUCUUUUUCACAAUGCAUUGACCGCUGAAUCCAGGAAAGUUGUCCAACUUGACAGUUUUUCAUUUUAUUCAGUGCUUAGCUGUGACCCAGAAAAGUCACAUGGUCAUUUGUUUAAGAUGAGUCUCAGUUUCAUUCUAAAAAAUUCACACAGAGGCUUCACCCUGGCUUAUAUCAGCGUUAUGAAAGUAAUAAAGAAGAGGCUUUUCCUGUCAUUAACAAGUUUGCCAAAAAACAUCAUGAUGCAUAUUUGUAAAAAGUUAAAAGCUUUUUCAGGUCUGUCAUCAAGAGGAGAAGAAUGUUUGUUUGGUGAAGAGAGGUCAUAUCCAUCACUUCUGAUGCAUUCAAGGAAGCCAGGAAAUCUAAACAUUGGUUGUCUUUAGUGACUCAGCAUCGACAGAUUAAUGUCUCGGUGUAAAUGUUUGAUCAAGAACAGAAUGUUAGCUGACCUUCAUGCAGAUAUCUGUUCACAAAGAGAGAUAAAUCCUUCUCAGAUUACAAAAGAUAAGAGUCAGGAUCUCUUUAUAGAGGAUUGUGCUCCUCCUGCUUUCACUCUCUAUAGACUGUUUUUCCUGCAAACACCAAAUACUGAUUGACCUGAUUGGUCUGUACCACUUUAACUACUAACAGAAAACAGAACAAUUUCAUACUGAUAUCCAGACCCUGAUACAGAUUCUAUGUUUUGGCAUGAGCUCUAUGAAUGAAAAUACUUUUCACAGACACUUCAUACCUCAGACACUUUCCAGUUUCUUUCCAAAAAAAGAAAAAAGAAAAGAAAAACAACUUCUGUUCCUUUGGUUUUAAUUGAGUUGGGCAGAGGUCAGCUGAGCUUGUAUUAUCUGCAAUGAGAGAGCAGUACAUUGUGAUGAAUUAUACCUCUAACUGUAGGCAGCACACAGUCACAUACUGGCUAUUUCUCAUUAGCUUGUUCUGGAGGAAAUUGCGUGCUGUGGCAGAAUUAGUAUUAAUUUUCUCAUUUGUGUUAAAAUGACUGACGGCUCUGAGAUAUCUAACUUUAUUAACAACCUUGAAAUAACUCUCGGGCGUCCAGUUGUUGUCCAGAAAGAAAAAUAUCUCUAAACAGAACCAGUUUAUAGCAUCUCCACAUGAUACAACACUCUUUUAAACUAAAAAUCACAAUCUAUCUGACCGCAGAGCUAGAACUUAAACACUAGACUUACAUAGGAAAUAACACAAAUAACUAUGCGUUCAGGUCUUCCCUGAAAAAAUCAUUGUCUGGAUGGCAGCACAUGUUGCUCCUAAACCUGUAGAUAUUGUUCAGCAUUAAUGGAGCCUUCACUAAUGUACAAGCUGCCCAUGACACAGACACUCAUUAUCCCCAGACCAUCAUGGAUGCUGGCAUUGAAUUGAGAGUUGAUAACAUGCUGGGUGGUUCCUUUAUUCUUUAGAGAGGAGAAUGCAGCAUCCGCGAUUUCCAAAAUGAAUGUUACAUUUUGAUUGGUCAGGCCACAGAACAGUUUUACACUUACAUGAUGUUUUCUUUGCAUGGUUCAGUUUUAACCUGUGUUUGUGGAUGCAGUGGUGAACUGUGUUUACAGACAUUGUUUUAGGAAGUGAUUUAGAGCCCCUUUGGUGACUUCCACUACAGAGUCAUGUUUUUUUAAUGCAUGGUAAUCUGGGUGGUCUCUCUCCUUUUGAAGACAGAGAAUGUAUUGUCCUUGACUUCCAGAAAUGUCCGAUUUUAGUCCAUACAUUGAUAUAAAGGCCUAUCUUUUUUAAUGCAGUGCUGCCUGAGGGCCUGAAGAUCAGGACCAUCUAGUCUUGGUUUUGGUCCUUGAGUGGUGAAACUCUUCCCAUCUUUCCUCUGAUAGUCUCAGCCUCUCUGAAUGUCCUUUUUAUACCCAGUCAUGUUUCUAAUCUGUUGGAAAUCCACCUCACUACUUGAAGAUGUUCCUCCAGUUUUUUUUUUUUUUUAGCAUUACACGUGUUGUUACCUGUUUGGUUGUUCCUCUAACAACUUCUAAGAAACAUAUUGUUGGCAUCAAAUUUAAACUGAGGAUUUAUUUCAACAUUGAUAUGUUUCUGCAUUAUUUUCAAUUAAAUAUGGGCUUUAAAUAAUCUGAAUACCACCAAACCAUGUCUCAUAAUGCCUCAUCUUUUCUUGCAUUAAGAUCACUAAACAUGCCUUCAUUUUGAGCCUUGCAGGUUUUUUUAAAGAUACAAUAAAUGGUGUCCAAACAUAGUUCAGUUAAAUCACAAUUUGUUUUAAUUUGCCUGCUGAUUGAUUUUGAUGUUUGGUGACGUGUCCUGGUUUCUGAUUUAAUGAUUUCACAACGAUAGGCUGGGUUUGGGUUCAAAUUAUUUGUUGGUUUAUUCGCAAUGUAAUCUGAUGUCUCCAACUUGUGUUUCAUCAUUAUCAUCAUCAUCUCACAUUAUCAUCACGUGUGACUGAGUCACACACACACACACACACACACACACACACACACACACACACACACACACACACACACAAUUCUGCUCCGGUUCUAGUUGAACUUUUUUCAGGACGAUCUGCACACAGAGACGUCUCUGAUGGUUACAACAUGGCUGACGUGUGUUUGCUGCAGCAUGAGGAACAUAAAGAGUCAGAGUGUGUGUGUUUAAAGAGGAGCGUGUCACUGAACCAGGAUCUCUGUCUUAAUCUCCAAACACACACACAGUACUCUGUCAGACGUCUGUUUGCAUUUAUAACAAGUUUUUUUGUUGAGGACAUUGAACUCACUGCCAAGACUGUCUGAUUCUUUUUCCUGUCAGCUGACCUGCUUGGUGCCUCAUCCGAUUCUCCAGACUCUGAUCCUGACCUUGGUCUGCACGACAUCAACAUCACCACCACAGCAGCCCCACAAAGAAACUUCAGUGUACAACCAAUUCCAAGUCCAGACCCAGGAGACCCUGAUGGUUUGAAUAGAGAAACAAUGACCAGAGACAGGAACUUCUCUGUGACUCCUGAAUUAAAGACAGACAAAGGUAAUCAAUAGUCCUGAUCAGGAGCUGAUGUCUGUGUCUCUGUUUGGGGGAAACUUUACACCAUUCAUUUACAGAAGGGUCUUGAUAUGAUGGAGUAGUAGGGCCACGUUAAAAAUCUUUUUUUAAGAUGUCGAGAUAAAGUUGUAAGAAAAUCAAGUUGUAAUUUUGAGAGUAUACAGUCAUAUUGUAACAAGAAGUAAGUCCUAGUAAAGUCCAAAUAUUAUGAGAAUAAGAUCUAUUUCAUUUAGCUCACCAUCUAAAAGUGAACAGAUUAUCGCUCUGUUGAAAUUUCAGUGCACAGAGCAGCUCUGUGCAGCAGAGUGAGGGGAUGCCGACAGCUCUCAUAAAACAAGAGCAAACUGCAGAGCUGUAAAACAUUUUGGGCAUGUUUGUACAGGAAUAUCAUAAGAACAAUUUCUUGGUGAACCAAACCUUGAAGGACAGUAAUACACGCACAAUAUAUGGUGCUUUUUGUCAGACACAAUCUAUUUUGACCUGAGUGGAGAGAGGAAGAGCAGGUAAGAGAGGAGGAGCUACAUCAAACUUGAGAGUGUAAAAAUCAGGUCAAAGUUCAUCCUGAUCUGAGAAAGAAAAAUAAGAACAACAUAUUCCAACAUACACUCACCGGCCACUUUAUUAGGUACACCUGUCCAACUGCUCGUUAACACUUAAUUUCUAAUCAGCCAAUCAUAUGGCGGCAACUUAGUGCAUUUAGGCAUGUAGACAUGGUCAAGACAAUCUCCUGCAGUUCAAACCGAGCAUCAGUAUGGGGAAGAAAGGUGAUUUGAGUGACUUUGAACGUGCCAUGGUUGUUGGUGCCAGAAGGGCUGGUCUGAGUAUUUCAGAAACUGCUGAUCUACUGGGAUUUUCACGCACAACCAUCUCUAGGGUUUACAGAGAAUGGUCCGAAAAAGAAAAAAUAUCCAGUGAGCGGCAGUUCUGUGGGCGGAAAUGCCUUGUUGAUGCCAGAGGUCAGAGGAGAAUGGCCAGACUGGUUCGAGCUGAUAGAAAGGCAACAGUGACUCAAAUAACCACCUGUUACAACCAAGGUAGGCAGAAGAGCAUCUCUGAACGCACAGUACGUCGAACUUUGAGGCAGAUGGGCUACAGCAGCAGAAGACCACACCGGGUGCCACUCCUUUCAGCUAAGAACAGGAAACUGAGGCUACAAUUUGCACAAGCUCAUCGAAAUUGGACAAUAGAAGAUUGGAAAAACGUUGCCUGGUCUGAUGAGUCUCGAUUUCUGCUGCGGCAUUCGGAUGGUAGGGUCAGAAUUUGGCGUCAACAACAUGAAAGCAUGGAUCCAUCCUGCCUUGUAUUAACGGUUCAGGCUGGUGGUGGUGGUGUCAUGGUGUGGGGAAUAUUUUCUUGGCACUCUUUGGGCCCCUUGGUACCAAUUGAGCAUCGUUGCAACGCCACAGCCUACCUGAGUAUUGUUGCUGACCAUGUCCAUCCCUUUAUGACCACAAUGUACCCAACUUCUGAUGGCUACUUUCAGCAGGAUAAUGCGCCAUGUCAUAAAGCUGGAAUCAUCUCAGACUGGUUUCUUGAACAUGACAAUGAGUUCACUGUACUCAAAUGGCCUCCACAGUCACCAGAUCUCAAUCCAAUAGAGCAUCUUUGGGAUGUGGUGGAACGGGAGAUUCGCAUCAUGGAUGUGCAGCCGACAAAUCUGCGGCAACUGUGUGAUGCCAUCAUGUCAAUAUGGACCAAGCUCUCUGAGGAAUGCUUCCAGCACCUUGUUGAAUCUAUGCCACGAAGAAUUGAGGCAGUUCUGAAGGCAAAAGGGGGUCCAACCCGUUACUAGCAUGGUGUACCUAAUAAAGUGGCCGGUGAGUGUAUCUCACAGUGUCUCACUAACUACCUUUAAUUUUCUGAUCCUCUUCCUGCAGACUUCAUAUUUGAGUCUUCACCACACCCUCACCUGACUGAACCGCCAACCUCACAGACUCCCCCUCUUUUGUCUGGAAGCAACACCUCCAUUUCCAACACCACCUACAUCAAUACCACAAAUACAACCUCCAUCACAUCUUCCAGCCAGCCGCCUCCUCUCCAAACACACACACCUGAACCAGUAACUCCCAGUCCAACCAAUGCCACCAGGUUCACACCUAAUAACUCCUCUCUGGAAUCUCUGGCCUUCCCCAAAGAUGGACCUAAUGAGACCUUUACUGGGGACCUAAAGACGUCCACGGUGCCAACUCUGAGCAACUCAUCCACCAAAACCCACUUGGGCACGCCCCCUCAGCUUCAUGUGGGUGGAGACAGUGAGUCUAUUUUCCUUUUGUUUUUUUAAAUCUGAAAUAAAGAGACACUGUUCUCUCUCUCUCUCUCUCUCUCUCUCUCUUUGACACACACAAACACACAUUUACGAUCACGCACAGAUACUGCACUGUCACCACCAGGCUCCCAUCAGUCAUAGCUGUGUUUAUCAGAGUCGUCAUGUGACUCAUAAGAGUACAGAACAUGGUGUUCCUCCGUUUGUUCUCUAUCUUCUUCUUCUGCCUGUUAAUGACUCAGAUAAAACAUUUGCAUCUCUGUUUUUUGUUGGGCUUCAGUAGUUUAUUUAUCUUCAUUUCAUGUUUGUGUGUCUGCAGCCUCAGGCUUACAGGAUCAUUAGAGGAGAAUAUUGACGGAGCCGCUUAAUUACAAAAGAACUUUUCUGUGUAUAUUUAAUGAGUCCUGUUCUUGUUUUUACUGUCAACCACAUAACAACACACAGCUCUGUUUACUUGACAGUCACCAUAGCAAUGUAAACACAGACAACAGACAGAGCACACACAUACACACACACACACACACACACACACACACACACACACUCAGGGGUCAGCAGUGAUGAAGAUAAUUAUGUCAAGGAUGAAAAAAGACAAAAUGAAGCUAAACUGCAACAUUAUAAUCCUGAUUACAGUUAUCAUCAUCAUUAAAAUCAUCAUUUUUAUCAAGAUCAUUGUUCACAUCAGUAUCAUUAUCAUCAAUAUCACAAUUAUAAUGACUAUCAUCAUCACUAUCAUCGUUAUCAUCCUCAAUACCAUUGUGCAUACCAAUAUCAUAUAUAGUGUUAUUCCUAUAAUCACUAUGAGCAUCUGCAUCAUUGUCCUACCCACUACUAUCAUAAUUUUACCUUUAUUUUUGUCAUCACCAUCACCAUCAUUACUACAUCACUAGUAUCAUCAUCACCAUCACUAUCAAAUCAACCUUCUCAUCGUCAUCAUCAAUACUACAUCACUAUUAUCAUCAACAACAUCAUUAUCACCAUCAUCCUCCUCCUCAUCAUUACUACAUCACUAUUUUCGUUACCACCAUCUCUAUCAACAUUGUCAUUAUCAUAGCCAUAAAUGGCAGCACAUUUACAGUCAUCAUCAUCACUAUUAUCAUCCCCUUGUUUUUCGAUUGUCAUGAGCACUGCAAGUUUUUGAAUAUGUCAGAUUUUGUAAUUGAAGCAUUAUCACAUCACUUUUUUGAUUAUCAUCUCAUCUACCAUCAUUGUAUUGUGAUUACCAUCAACUUUAUUACCAUCAUAAUUAUACUGAUAAUUAGAAUUGCCAUCAUGAUUUUCAUCCUCACUAUUCAUAACAUUUGCCACUUUCUCUUAUACUGUUAUAGACUUCAUCAUCACAAGCACCAUUAUUACUUCUACACACUUUAAAUCUUCAUUAACAGUGUCAUGUUCCUUGUAUUAUCAUCUCAUUAUGAGUGUAUUAUAAUCACAUUUUCAUUACCAUACAUUUCAUCGCCACCACUGGCUUUUUCAUAACUCUAAUGAUCAUUGUCUACAUCUACAUUCAUAUCAUUAACCUUAACAUCAUCAUUGUCAUUAUAUCAUCAUCAUCGCUUAAACAUCUACUACUGCUGUUGUUUUUCUAACUUGUAUCCAGUAUGUCUGCUCCCCUUCCUUAGACUCCAGUACUCACUUGUUUAAACAUUUACUUAGCCUCUUCACCUGUACUCUACCUGCUCAGAUGUUUUCUGUCAUUCUUUUUUAGCAGUGGUAAUCCAUGAAUCUUCUUCAAUGGACCCCCUGCUGACCGGUCUGGUAACAGCCUUCACUAUCACAGCAGUCUUCUUCAGUCUGCUCCUCUUCCACAGACUGCGUCGUAGACAGAGAGGGUCAGAGUUCAGUCGUCUGCAGGAUGUUUCUAUGGUAAGCCAACAACCACCUGGACCUGUACAGUCCUUAUACGAAUCAGACUAACAAAACCCUUGAGUGCUGUUACUGUCAACAGACACUACUUUUAUUUAUGUAUCAUAUAGUUCUAUGUUUGAUUUUUGCCAUAAUAAUCUUAUUACUUAUCAAGAACAACCGCCUUUCCUUAAUAUAUGUUUGAGUCUUGUAUUUAUUAGAAACACAAUAAUAAGACUUCUCCAUUUGUAAGUAGUCUGUUAUUAUAAAAUGUCUAUGCUUCAUCAGCAGCUGUGUCAAAUUUUUAACCCAGCUGUCCAAACUGCCGCCACAGUCAGCACUGAGUCAUCGCAGUGAUGGCAGCUAUGCAUGAUGACGCCACUCACAAACUGCUCACCGUAUUAGUUUGUGUGUUUAUACUGACUUUGUUCCUGUGUUUGUGUGCAGGAUGAUGUAAUGGAGGACACCCCCCUCUCCAUGUACAACUACUGAUGGGGGCAGCAUCAUUCAGAAAGGAUUCUGGGUAAUGUGUGGACUGGAACCCUGACAGGAAAUGGGUGUGGAAUACCAGUGGCUAAAUAUGGUGAAGGCAAUGAGGGGAUUUGUGUUAUGAAUUCAUUUUGAAGAAAGUUUGUGCCAGUGUUUCACUCUGUUUCAUGCUUUCAGACUGCUGUUGACAGUCCAUGUUAUAGUGUUGAUGUCUGCAGAGACAGAAAUCAGAAGUGUUCAGUGUUUUUCUAUGCUUGACAAAGCUUUUUUCAGGUACAGAGGAGGAUUUGGGCCCAUGAAAAUCAUUUUUUCAUGAUCAGAAGUUAUUUUAGUCAUGAAUUUCUUCUAAUAAUGAUGAGAUUUGAGUCAGACUUUAUAUACACUCUGAAUUUUGAGACUCAGAUCAGCAUUCUGAGAUUUUUCUGACUUUAAUCCCAGAAUUCUGGAUUUUCCCUUGCAAUUUUGGUUUACACUUUGCGUCUCAAAAUUUGGAUUUUAAUUCUAAGUUUGGACCUUAAGUGGCCCAGUCCUCUUGCAUACAUUAAAUUGUAUAUGUUUUGUUUCAGUCGUUCUGUGUUAUGUCUGUGUGUCUGUUUGUUAACUUCCUCGGGUGUAUUAGGUUCAGAUCAGCUCAGGUAAACUCUCACUCUGUUCUCAUGGUAACAUAUUUUCCAGUCAUCCCAUCACUCCCAGUUAGACUGUCAGGUCUCUGCAGCGUGUGUCCGUGUGUCACUGUAGUACACAAAGAUUGCAGCAGUCUAGUGGACCUAAUAGUUUGUGAUGAAGAGUGGAAAAAAAUUCACACAUACAUAAAUUUAGUCCAAUUCACACUCACACAAACACGCAGAUACAUCUUUGCUCUGAAUCACGAGGAGCAGUAAAUCCAUAAAUGGUGUUUAUACAAUUUCUAUGAAUAACAGCUUAUUUUAAUAACUGUAGAUAUAUUUUAUAUUACAACCAUAAUAACAUUCUGUAGAGUAUAAAGUGAGUGUAAAAAGAAGGAUAAACACAUGCGGCUGUUCCUUCUGUCCUCCCCCUUUUUGUAACUGUUCAGCUGUAUUUACUGAUCUAAUAGAGGAGCUAAUCAUUGGUAAUGAGGCUCUUCUGGAUGAUGGUCUGUUGGUGUUUUAUCAUUAAAGUAUUUAUAAACCAUU